GGUGGUUAUUUCUCGCUGUCAUUGAGACCCAGCGGAAACUCAGUCGGAGGGAUUUUAAAGUAGAACAACACUAACUUCCGGUAACGCACGGCGUCCUGCUUCUCCUUGUUUAUUUCUACAGGCCACCUGAUCAUCUGACUGACCGUCAUGACCCUGUUUCAUUUUGGAAAUUGCUUUGCUUUGGCGUAUUUCCCUUACUUUAUAACAUACAAGUGCAGCGGCCUUUCAGAAUACAACGCUUUCUGGAAGUGUGUCCAGGCUGGAGCUACCUACCUUUUUGUCCAGCUCUGCAAAAUGUUGUUCCUUGCGACUUUUUUCCCCACCUGGGAAGGAGGAGCUGGAGUUUAUGACUUUGUUGGGGAAUUUAUGAAAGCAACAGUGGACCUUGCAGACCUGCUGGGCCUCCAUCUCGUCAUGUCACGAAAUGCCGGCAAAGGAGAGUACAAAAUCAUGGUAGCCGCCAUGGGCUGGGCAACCGCCGAACUUGUAAUGUCGAGAUGUCUUCCUCUUUGGGUCGGGGCCAGAGGGAUCGAGUUUGAUUGGAAAUAUAUCCAGAUGAGCUUUGACUCCAAUAUUAGUUUGGUCCAUUAUAUUGCUAUGGCAGCUGUAGUGUGGAUGUUUACACGCUACGACCUUCCCAAGAGCUUCAGGUUCCCCGUCACUGUGCUGCUGGCCCUCUGUGUCUACAAGUCCUUCUUAAUGGAGUUGUUCAUCCAUGCCUUCGUCUUGGGCAGCUGGACCGUGUUGUUGGUGAAAGCUGUGCUGACUGGUGCCAUCUCUCUCUGCUCACUACUUCUCUUCGUCUCCUUGGUGCACAGCAACUAAGUCCAAAGCCAGUUGCAUUGACUAGUCUUAGAUCCAAGUCACCGAUUGGUGAUCAAGCCAAUUCAUCAAGGCUACCACCCUGUGAGCUGGUGAUUCGGUGGAUCUGCACUACGGCUGGUUCUUUUGUGGCGCAAGUGACAUCAAAAGACAUUCUCUUUGAUAUCGACUGAAACACUUGAUAUUUUGCAAAAGGGUAUGUUUUGAUCACAAAUUAACCCAUUACAAGCAUUGUAAGUAACAUUUAUGCUCAGCUGUUUUAAUGAAUAGAUUAACAACACAUUUUCAUCGUGUCUUUUCUUGAAAUGGACACCACAAAUGUAAUUUUAUUUAUACCCGGCUUUUCAACACGUCAUGGUCUAAACCAGGGGUGGGCAAUUAAUUUUUGCAUAGGGCCACAUGAGAACCAGAAAAUAUUAUGGAGGGCCGGAUCAAAAGGGUGAACUAAAUUCGACAUAAUAUUAAUUGGAUUUCUUUAUUUAAAAAGCAGCAUUUUACAUUUUUUGGCAGGUUUUUCAGACUUUUUUACUCCGUCGUAUCGAACAGGAUUUGCUUGACUUGGCCACCUGGCUUUGAAAUGCCUGUCAUUACAAGUCCAAAUGAAACGAAUGCAGUCGUUGACAUCGAACCUUGAUUGCGUACCAACCUUCGGCGGGCCGGAUUAAAAAGACCAACGGGCCGGAUUUGGCCCGCAGGCCGUAGUUUGCCCACCUCUGGUCUAAACUAAGGAGAAUCAAUCAGCAAGCAAGUUAUUUUUCAUCACAGUACAAAAUUGACCUCUAUGUGACAAAUCCACCUCAAAUGUACUUAGACUUGUUGAAUUGUUGGAAGAUUUUUAAGAUGAGAAACUAUAUGAAUAAAUCUCAACUUGUGUUUU